AUGAGAACAAUUGAAUCAAUUGUAUUUGGUUUCUUAUAUCAUAUUCAUGGUCUACAGAGUAAAACUUCACAAGAAAUAUUGGAAUGUUGCAUGAAACUAGAAUCUGCUUUACAACAUGGUGAUAACAGAGAUUUAGUUGCAUCAGAUUUGUGUGGCGAACUACAGUCUAUUGCACGACGACUUUCUGAAGAAACAAAGUCUCCUCAAGAUGUUUUUCGAUUUAUUCUUUGCCAAAACUUGGAAGACAGUCUACCCAACCUUUGUAUUGCUCUUCGUAUUUUGCUGACAUUACCUGUUUUUGUCGCUAGUGGAGAGCGUAGUUUUUCCAAACUAAAAAUGAUAAAGACAUACAUUCGAUCAUCCAUGUGCCAAGACAGAUUGGUUGGGUUGGCAAUUCUUUCCAUUGAGCACGAACUUGCAGACAAGCUGGACCUGAAGGACCUUGUGAUCGAUUUUGCCCAGAAAAAGGCACGCAAAGUACAGUUUUGA